AUGCAGUGGAAAGAAAUUAAUUUGUAAUUACUUCCAAGAACUUCUCCAUAAUCAAGUAGGAUCAUAAUUUUGAUAGAAACCUUAGAUUAGGUAUGAAUUUCUUUAGUAUUUUUGUUUACUGUAUUUCAGAAGAUUGAAUAUUAAGUAAAUUUAAGUAGUAGGUGAAAUUUAAAGCUUGAAGAUUAUAAAAGAUAUGGCUUCUCAGAAAUCAAAAGGAUAAGCAUUCAUAACUUAUAAUCAUCCAGACUCCAACAAAAAAGCAAGUAAGAAUUAUAACUAAAUUUUCAUCAAGUCGGAGUCAAGAGUUAACAUCUUUGUUGACAAUUUACCAGAAAGUUCUUAUGCGAUAGAAGUAUUUUUUUUCAAAUAUUGAUUUGAAUAAGUAAAAUGUAUGGAUUAUAAAAGAAAAUAAUUAAAGGUGAUUAUGUUAAAAAAUGAGUCAUGGCUAUGUUCAAUUUGAGAAUACAGAAGAAGCUGAUAAUUUGAUGAAGUGAAUUAUGAUAUACCCAAUCAAUCACAUUAGGAAAUAGCUGAAAUUAAAAUAAUUCAAAGUCUAUACUUAGUAAAAGUUGAAUCCAAUUUGAGGAACUAUGCCACACCUUUAUAAUAGAAGUAUUUAGAAUAAGAGAAAUUAGUCAGAGUAAUUAAAUAUUGGUGGUUUCUGAUGAUUAAAGAUUUUUUAUAAAAAUCGGGUUUUAGUGAAGAAUUGUAUUGUAAAGGGACUAAAUACAAGAUAGCCUUUUACUAAAAUCACAUUCGAAACACCAGAAGUAGCAAAAAUAAAUUUGAAUAUUUGUGAGCAAUACAAAAUAUAUAUGUAUAUAUUUAAGUGCUCAUCAUACAUUGGAAUAAAUCAAUAAACAUCGACCAUCUGUCAUUAAUGAUGCAAGUGAAACCUUAUCUAUUUCUGAAAUUACUUAGGUAUUAAAAGAAAAAGCUUAAGUUCAUACUAGCACUCUCAAAUGA